AACACUUCUUCCCAGACACUCCUCUCUCAACAAAAAUGUACUUCCCAGACACUCCUCUCUCAACCUUAGUACACUUCUUCCCAGACACUCCUCUCUCAACCUUAGUACACUUCUUCCCAGACACUCCUCUCUCAACCUUAGUACACUUCUUCCUAGACACUCCUCUCUCAACAAUAGUAUGCUUCCCAGACACUCCUCUCUCAACAAUAGUGUGCUUCCCAGACACUCCUCUCUCAACCUUAGUACACUUCUUCCCAGACACUCCUCUCUCAACCUUAGUACACUUCUUCCCAGACACUCCUCUCUCAACCUUAGUACACUUCUUCCUAGACACUCCUCUCUCAACAAUAGUAUGCUUCCCAGACACUCCUCUCUCAACAAUAGUGUGCUUCCCAGACACUCCUCUCUCAACCUUAGUACACUUCUUCCCAGACACUCCUCUCUCAACCUGAGUGCACUUUUUCCCAGACACUCCUUUCUCAACCUUAGUGCAUUUCUUCCUAGACACUCCUCUCUCAACGUUAUUGUGCUUCCCAGACACUCCUCUCUCAACCUUAGUGUGCUUCUUCCUAGACACUCCUCUCUCAACCUUAGUGCACUUCUUCCCAGACACUCCUCUCUCAACCUUAGUGUGCUUCUUCCUAGACACUCCUCUCUCAACCUUAGUGUGCUUCUUCCUAGACACUCCUCUCUCAACCUUAGUGCACUUCUUCCCAGACACUCCUCUCUCAACCUUAGUACACUUCUUCCCAGACACUCCUCUGUCAACCUAGU